CUGGAGCUAUAUAAGGCUGGCGGCGGUCCCGGGACAGACCCCGUGGUCCCCACGGCGCCCUCAGCCCGCCCGAGGGACAGAGACCGGACAGAGACUGGAGCCCCGUCCUGCGGCGUGCACACUCUCUGGCAACCUGGCCGGCGGCACCAUGAAGCAGGGGGGACACGCGGCGCUGCUGGUGGCGCUGCUGCUCCUGGCACAGCUGCGCCCGGGGAGCAGCCGGUGGAGCCCGGAGGCGGCGGCGGCCGGGGUCCGGGACCCGAGUCUGCGCUGGAGCCCCGGGGCGCGGAACCAGGACGGCGGGGCCCGCGCGCUGCUCUUGCUGCUGGCCGAGCGCUUCCCGCGCCGCGCGGGGCCCGACCGGUGGGAAUCCCGGACCGCGGGCGAGAGACCGAGGCGGGACGACCCUCCGCUGUCCAUUGAUCUCACCUUCCACCUGCUGCGGACCCUGCUGGAGCUGGCGCGGACACAGAGCCAGCGGGAGCGCGCCGAGCAGAACCGCAUCAUAUUCGAGUCUGUAGGCAAGUGAUCGGCGGGGUCUGCAGCCACGAGAACCUCGACCCCCGUCCCCCACCCCCGGGCCGGGACGUGCGCGACUGGAACUGACCCAGUCCCGCGGGCUAGAGCAGCCCAGGGAUGCCCGGAGCACUCUGUGCGUCACCAAUUUUUAAUAAAAGUGCUGAAGAGCCUUUGGCCUCGGUUGUGGGGCGCGGGGAAGCACAGCAGGGUGGGAGCCCGUGGAAAAGUGUGGCCUCCCAGGCCGGCGAGAGGGUACCGGAUGCUCCUCGAGGACUCCGGCAGAAGGGCUUUCAGCCGGGGGGGUCCUGUGCCAUCGAACCCCAGGAACUCAAAGUCCUGGUGCCACCGCCCCACCCCGGCCCUCUUCCCUUGGCACUGGGCUCGAGGAACCCGUGCUUG